AUGGUGGUUUCUUCAUUGAAUCCCGUCAGUAAUGAUAAGAUCCUUCAUCCAUCAAUUCCUGUUAUCGAUAUGUCAUGGAGGAGAGACUUAGUGUUAAAUCUCAUGGUGAGGGCUUGUGAAGAGUUUGGCUUCUUUAAAUUGAUCAACCAUGGAGUUCCAAAGGGUAUAAUUGCAAAUAUGGAGAAUGAGGGCAAGGAGUUCUUCUCUUUGCCAAUCGACGAAAAGAAGAAGGCAGGACCACCAAAUCCUUUAGGAUAUGGGAUUAGAAAUAUCGGUCGUAAUGGAGAUACAGGAGAGCUUGAGUAUCUUCUCCUUCACACAAAUCCUAAUUCCAUCUCCCAAAGAGCUAGAAGCAUUUGCAAGAAAGACCCCUCUAAGUUUAGCCGCUCUCGUUUCCUUUGUUCAAACAGUGGAGUACUGGAUGAGUAUGUUGAUGCUGUGAAAAGGCUAGCAUGUGAGAUCCUGGAUAUGUUAGGUGAAGGGCUUGGGGUUAAAGACAAGUGGGCGUUUAGCAGGCUUUUGAGAGACAAGGACAGCGACUCUCUGAUCAGAAUGAACCACUAUCCUCCUUACCACAACACUGCCGGCAGCAAAGAUGGUAAGGGCAGCAACAACUGUAGGAUAGGAUUUGGAGAACAUUCAGACCCUCAGAUCAUAAGCGUCCUCCGAUCAAAUGAUGUCGAGGGACUUCAGAUACUGUCAUCAUCGACUAAUGGCGAUGUGUGGGUCCCGGUGGUGCCUGACCCCUCGGCGUUCUUUGUAAAUGUCGGCGACACACUUGAGGCUUUGACAAAUGGGAGGUUUAUUAGUGUGAGACAUAGAGCUAUGGCAAACUCCUAUACCUCAAGAUAUUCGAUGAUUUACUUCGGUGCACCUCCUCUCCAUGAAUGGAUCUCUCCCCUCCCUGAAAUGAUAACACCCUCAACUCCUCGACGGUACAAAUCCUUCACUUGGGCUGAAUACAAGAAGAUAAUGUACUCGCUUAGACUUAGCCACAAUCGACUCAGUCUCUUUCAAAUGGACGAUGAUGAAGAGAGAACUGAUAUGAUAUCAUGGCUUUGAGAGACGUGUGUUUGAUUGACCACCUCUAAGCCUAUAAUGUUCCAAUGAAAGGCAGAUGGGGUGCACUUCAAGCUGUCCCCAAGUUUUGCUAAUGGCUAUUGAAUGGAACUGAGGAGGGCGAUUACACGUCGAAUGCAGUGUAAGUAGGUGUGUUUUUAACUUAUAAUGUAGGGGGAAGGGAGAUGUGUGUGUAGAAGAAAAGUUAUUUGUAAUAUAUAUGCGCUAAUGUGUGGAUUUUGAUCAGGUUGGGAUAUGUUCUUUUCCUUUCAUCUUAUAGGUUCAGGUACUUGGGAG